AUGUCGUACGACGACGUGGAGAUCGAAGACAUGGAGUGGAACGAGGAGCUCCAGGCCUUCACCUACCCGUGCCCAUGCGGAGACUUGUUCCAGAUCACCAAGGACGAUCUCAAAAUCGGCGAGGAAAUCGCUCGGUGCCCUAGCUGUUCCCUCUACAUCACCGUCAUUUACAAUCUCGAGGAUUUCCUCGGCGAUUCAUCAAAGCAGAAGAAUCUAGAGCCCCCCAAGCAACAUCCCGUCGCCGUCGCGUGAAAAAGCCAGGUCAUAAUUGAUUCGGAUACGUUAUAUAGAAGAGUUACGAAGGUUUGUUUCAAAGUAAUUUACAGGAAAAGUCUGUAGCUUUAGGGUUUGCCUUAACGAAAUUUUGUUCUUUUGUUAGGGUUAGGUUUGGUUUGGAGGGUUUGAAAACAUUUCUGGUACUUGCGUAUUUAUUGCGUGAAAUUUAAGCUGUGUUGUGUUGCUUUUCAGAGAAUUAUUUGAGAUCUAUUGAAUCAUCGAUCGUUUUGCGAUCUUUAUCA